AUGGUCUGCAGACUGUACUGCGGGUUCUCGAGGAGGUGGACCCUUACAUUCACCGUCCGGAGCCUGCGGCCGCCGGGAAAGCCAAACCCCCAUGUCCGGAGAGUAACCGGAAGUGCCCUCCCAGGCGGAGGGGUAGCGCCGGCUGCAGCCGGGGAGAGGCGCCCCUCCCGCCGGGCCACAAAGGGAGCCCUCAGCCAGGAGCGCCGGGCGCACAGGAGAGCCGGCGGUACGUGCAGGCGGCCGGCGCGGUCGAGGGCACCCACCCGGGUUUGGGCUGCGGUCGAACGCGCUGACUCACGCUCUCGCUACGUGAGCUGCGAGCCGGCCCGGGCCCGGCAGGGCGCCAAGCUGGGGCCGCCGCCCGCCCGCGCGGUUAUUUAUUUAUUCGGGGGCAGCUGCGCGCGCAGGCGCUGUGCGCCGCGCCGUCCCGGCCGCCGCCUGCCUUCGGAGGACUUCAUCCCCCUCCGGCCCGCUUGCUGCGGAGAUUGA